CUGGACACCACGUCUGUUUUGGGAGAGCUGGGAUGGAAGACCUAUCCCAUGAAUGGGUGGGAUGCUAUAACAGAGAUGGAUGAACACAACCGUCCCAUCCAUACCUUCCAGGUGUGUCACGUGAUGGAACCCAACCAGAACAACUGGCUACGCUCCAACUGGAUCUUUCGUCAGGCCGCACAGAAGGUGUAUGUGGAGCUGCGGUUCACCCUGAGAGACUGUAACUCCAUCCCUUGGGUGUCUGGUACCUGCAAGGAGACCUUUAACCUUUUCUACUAUGAGACAGACGAGUCCCACGGGGUCAAGUUCAAACCCUCCCAGUACACCAAGAUCGACACCAUCGCUGCAGACGAGAGCUUCACUCAGAUGGACCUGGGGGACCGCAUCCUGAAGCUCAACACAGAGGUGCGGGAAGUGGGUCCUAUCUCCAGGAAGGGUUUGUACCUGGCGUUCCAGGACAUUGGGGCGUGCAUCGCCCUGGUCUCAGUCAGGGUGUACUAUAAGAAGUGUCCCUUCACCCUGAGGAACCUGGCCUCCUUCCCUGACACCGUGCCCCGGGUCGACUCCUCCUCCCUGGUGGAGGUCAGGGGAGCGUGUGUGGAGCAUGCAGAGGAGAGGGACACGCCCAAACUGUACUGCGGCGCUGAUGGUGAUUGGCUGGUGCCUCUGGGGAAGUGUGUCUGUAGCGUGGGCUACGAGGAGAUGGACGGGGCGUGUCUCGCGUGUCGACCAGGCUUCUACAAGGCGUUUACGGGGAACAUCAAGUGUUCCAAGUGUCCCCCUCACAGUUUCAGCUAUGGCGAGGGGGCUGCUGUCUGCCACUGUGAGAAGGCUUUCUACAGAGCUGAGAGAGACCCACCCACUAUGGCCUGCACACGUCCCCCCUCCCCUCCUCGUAACGUGGUCUUCAACCUGAACGACACCUGUCUACAGUUGGAGUGGUCUCCUCCCAGCGACAUGGGUGGUCGCAGGGACCUGACCUAUAACGUGCUAUGUAAGCGAUGCGGCCCAGAGCCCGACCAAUGCCAGCUUUGUGGGGAAGAGCUUCGCUUUGUGCCCCGCCCCCAGGGCCUGACUAACGCCACCGUAACGGUGAUGGACUUCUCUGCUCACGCCAACUACACCUUUGAGAUUGAGUCACUGAAUGGAGUGUCUAAGAUGAUUAACUACCCGAGACCUGUGGCCGCCAUUACUGUCUCCACCGACCAGGGCGGUCCCUUUAUGGUGGGCGUGCUGAAGAAGGACUGGGCAUCUCAGAACAGCAUUGCCCUGUCGUGGCUGGAGCCAGAACAGACAUCCCUCCUGGUGGUCGACUAUGAGGUCAAGUACUACGAGAAGGAACAUGAGGAGUUGAGCUACUCAUCGACGCGGACCAAAGCCCCCAGUGUAAUCAUCACAGGGUUAAAGCCCUCCACCUGCUACGUCUUCAGCCUGAGAACACGCACCUCCGCUGGACACAGCGCCUACAGCCCCAAAUACGAGUAUGAGACCACGGACGACACGUCGGACAUGGCGUCAGACCAGGGUCAGGUGUUGGUGAUCGUCACGGCAGCCGUGGGAGGCUUCACUCUCCUCAUCAUCCUCACCCUCUUCUUCCUCAUCACCGGACGGUGUCAGUGGUACAUCAAAUCCAAGAUGAGCUCAGACGACAAGAGGAGGACCAACUAUCAGAACGGACAUGCCCUCCCGUACCCAGGGGUAAAGACUUAUGUAGAUCCGGACACCUAUGAGGAUCCUACUCAGGCUGUCCAUGAGUUUGCCAAAGAGAUUGACCCAACCCGGAUCCGCAUAGAAAGAGUCAUCGGAGCAGGUGAGUUCGGGGAGGUGUGUAGCGGUCGUCUGCGGACGCUGGGGAAGAGGGAAAUCGCUGUGGCGAUAAAGACGCUGAAAGGUGGCUACGUGGAGCGCCAGAGGCGGGACUUCCUCCGAGAGGCCAGCAUCAUGGGACAGUUCGACGACCCCAACAUCAUUAGGCUGGAGGGCGUGGUCACCAAAAGUAAGGAGGAUCAUGGGAAUUGUAGUUGCUUUUUGUUUUUAGGAGUUUACAUGGACAGACAGACUGCAGAAAGUGUGUGUUUAUGUGGGACAGCUACCUCUAACACUGGGAAUGAGUCAUUACAACCAGCCAUUCCACAUAGCAGACCUGUGAUGAUUGUGGUGGAGUACAUGGAGAAUGGAUCUCUGGACUCUUUCCUGAGGAAGCACGACGGUCACUUCACAGUGAUCCAGUUGGUGGGCAUGCUGCGUGGCAUCGCGUCGGGCGUGAGGUACCUGUCUGACAUGGGUUACGUCCACAGAGACCUGGCCGCUCGUAAUAUCCUGGUGAACAGCAACCUGGUGUGUAAGGUGUCUGACUUCGGCCUGUCCAGAGUCCUGGAGGACGACCCCGAGGCUGCUUACACCACCACGGGAGGUAAGAUCCCUAUCAGGUGGACAGCUCCAGAGGCCAUCUCCUACAGGAAGUUCUCAUCAGCCAGCGAUGCCUGGAGCUACGGUAUCGUCAUGUGGGAAGUGAUGUCCUACGGGGAGCGGCCUUACUGGGAGAUGUCCAAUCAGGAUGUGAUCCUGUCCAUAGAGGAGGGCUACCGUCUCCCUGCUCCAAUGGGCUGCCCCGUGGUUCUACACCAGCUGAUGCUACACUGCUGGCAGAAGGAGAGGAGCCAGAGGCCCAAGUUCACUGAUGUGGUCUCCUUCCUGGACAAGCUGAUCAGGAACCCCAGCAGCCUGCUGGCCCUGGUGGAAGAUAUACAGGGUCUAGCAGAGUCCCCAGGAGAGGUGGUGGACUACCACAUGUUCAUCUCCAUCGGGGAUUGGUUGGGUUCCAUCAAGAUGAGCCAAUACAAGAGUAGCUUUGUGGCAGCAGGAUUCAGCACACUGGACUCUGUGGCACAGAUGAGUAUUGAAGACGUGCGGAGGAUCGGGGUGGUGUUGAUUGGCCACCAGAGGAGGAUCGUCAGCAGCAUUCAGACCCUCCGACUGCAGCUAUUACACGAGAAUGGCUUCCAUGUAUGA